AUGAAAUUUGCUGAACAUUUAACUGCGCAUAUAACACCUGAAUGGCGUAAACAAUAUAUCAGUUAUGAGGAAAUGAAAGCAUUGUUAUAUGCUGCCGUAGAGCAAGCACCAUCAGCUGAAGCAGUUGAACCAGAGAUAAUUACACGUUAUUUUGCAAAAUUUGAUGAACAAUUUUUUCAUUAUUGUGAUAAAGAAUUGGCAAAAAUAAAUACAUUUUACUCUGAAAAAUUAGCGGAAGCAACAAGAAAAUAUGCAGGUUUACAAAAUGAAUUAAGUGAAGCAUUAGAUGCUGAAUUCAAAGGAAAAGAAAGUAAAUAUAAGCGCAAAAAUUUAUUAAAAAGGCGAAAUGUACCAAUUAAAAAAUUACAAGAACUUAAACUGGCUUUUAGUGAAUUUUAUCUCAGUCUUAUUUUAUUACAAAAUUAUCAAAAUCUUAACUACACAGGUUUUAGGAAAAUACUCAAAAAACAUGAUAAGUUAUUGUCGGUUGAUAAUGGAGCAAAAUAUAGGCAAGAAAAUGUUGAUACGUCACAUUUUUUUGUUAAUAAAGAUAUUGAUCGAAUUAUUCGAGAAACAGAAUCCGCUGUCACACAAGAUCUUGAAGGCGGAGAUCGACAACGUGCAAUGAAACGAUUACGUGUACCUCCAUUAGGUGAACAACAAAGUCCUUGGACAACGUUUAAAGUUGGUCUUUUUUCUGGAGCCUUAGUAAUUUUACUUGUCGUAGUUUUUAUUUCUGCAAUUUUCCACAAAGGACGAGACGAUUGGAGAAUUGUAUGUCGAUUAUAUCGUGGUCCAUUGCUUAUCAUUGAAUUUAUGUUUUUAUGGGGUAUAAAUGUAUACGGUUGGCGUUCAUCGGGUGUAAAUCAUGUUUUAAUAUUCGAAUUAGAUCCUCGCAAUCAUUUAUCAGAACAGCAUAUAAUUGAAAUGGCGGCCAUAUUUGGUGUUAUAUGGUCAUUAAGUGUUCUAUGUUUCCUAUAUAGUUACAAUCUAUCAAUACCGCCAUAUAUGAAUCCACUAGUUUUGUAUACAUUAAUGUUGGCAUUUUUAAUAAAUCCAACCAAAACAUUUAGAUAUGAAGCUCGAUUUUGGACUUUACGUGUUCUGGGUCGAGUUAUAAGUGCCCCAUUUUGUUAUGUUCGUUUUGCUGACUUUUGGUUUGCAGAUCAAUUAAAUAGUCUCGUACCCGCAUUUUUAGAUUUACAAUAUUUCGUAUGUUUUUAUAUUUCAAAUAGAGAUUUAUAUGUUGCCAACGACGCUCAUCAGUGUGUUGAUAAACUAUUUUAUUUACGACCGCUUGUUGCAUGCCUACCGGCGUGGUUUCGUUUAGCACAAUGCCUUCGACGUUAUCGUGACUCCCGUGAAGCAUUUCCACAUUUAGCUAAUGCCGUAAAAUAUGCGACCACAUUUUUUGUUGUACUAUUUUCAUCACUUAAUUUAACACAUAAUGAAAAAAAAUAUCUUACGGAUGAAGACAAUCCAUAUUUUCAUAUGUGGGUAGUAGCUUCCAUAAUCAGUUCAUGCUAUUCAUACACAUGGGACAUCAAAUUAGAUUGGGGAUUAUUUGAUCCGAAAGCUGGAGACAAUCGAUUUUUACGAGAAGAAAUUGUAUAUUCAUCGACGGGUUUCUAUUAUUUUGGAAUUGUUGAAGAUCUUCUAUUACGUUUCGCAUGGGCACUGUCUAUGUCACUUACGGAAAUGGGCUAUAUUCAUGCCGAUUUGAUGGUGACAAUAAUAGCACCUUUAGAAGUUUUUAGACGCUUUAUAUGGAAUUUUUUUCGUUUGGAAAAUGAACAUUUAAACAAUUGUGGUAAGUUUCGUGCCGUACGUGAUAUAUCCGUAGCUCCGAUGCAUAGUUCCGAUCAAGCACAAAUAUUACGCAUGAUGGACGAAGCUGAUGGUGUUGUCAAUAGACGAAGUAAAAAUGGAAAAAAUAAUGGUAAGAAAAAAGAUGAACAACGCUUAACUUUAGAAGAAUCAGCAAAGUGGCCAAUCAAUUAUUUUAGUAGAGGUGUAAUCAACUGAGAAAAAUAUUGUAGCCAUAUUUUUGAUUAAACCUUCAG